AUGGAGAACACUCAACAAUAUUUCUCAUCUAUUAAUUGUGAAAUACAGAUCAUAAGAGCAAGAAACAUAGAGCAAAGUUCUUUAGGAAAAAGCAACUUGUUUGUUAGAUGCUAUCUUCCAACAGGAAAUAACCAUAGAGUUAAGCUAAACAGCCAAGAAAUCUCAUCAAAAUCAGACCUAUUUUGGGAUGAAACUUUCUCAUUGGAUUGCAUGGGAAAUCAAGACUCCAUUAAUAUGAUGAAGCAAGGUACAGUACACUUCGAGCUCCGGUCAAGAAAAUAUAUUCCACUUCUUGGGAAAAAUAUUGUUGGAUCACAACUGCUGGGCAAAGCUGAAAUUCCAUGGAAAAGAGUAUUUGAGUCAACAGAAAUGGAGUUAGAGGAGUGGGCAAUAUUCAUAGCUACUUCUAAGAACAAUGAAGAUGUGAAACCUCCAGCAGUGAAGAUAGCAAUGAAACUUAAAGUAAAUGAGGCAAUUAAAGUCGAGAAAAAUGAUAAAUUGAGAAGAUCAUGGGAUGAGUCAUGUUCUUGCAAGGGUUAUUGUGGGUGCAACAGUGGUAGUAUUUUCAGUGCUGAUGAUUAUGACAUAUUUGCAUUUGGAGCUGCUUUAGAUGCCCUUUAG